CCCUUUCAACACCCCAAAAGCCUCUGCUAUUUUAAUCACACAGUUCUAUAUGCAGCAGCUAUGGAGUGCUCAAAAGAAAUUGUGACAUGCGAAAGAAAGAAAAAUUUACUUUCAACUAAAAAAAAAGAAGCAUAGAGCACAAAAGAGGUAGUUUCGUUGGGAUGUCAGUAUAAAGCCCAGUCGACGCAAUUCCAUCUUCCGAUCGAACCAGUACAAAUCAUGGCUACAACGAGCUCCGGCCGGUUAAUCGCCGGUUCAACGGCGUCGAUCGGCUCAAUCAAAUCGCGUUACGCGUAUCCAGCUCAAUCCGUUUCCCUAAUCUGUCGAAAUCAAACCAAUGGUGCACCUCCCAUCGUCCUUGGGUCCUCUCGAAGGUCUAGGCUGUGGUUAAUCGAGGCGAUUCCUCCGGCGAAGUCCUGGGACGGAUCUAACGAUGGCGAAGCGCGUAAUUACGCGAUCGGUGGUGGCGCGGUCGCCGGAAAGCAUGACAGGACGAUGGAGAUAGUUAUAGCAGCGGCGACAACGGCGGCGCUGGGUGUCGGGAAUCGCGUACUAUAUAAGCUGGCUCUUAUUCCUCUCAAGCAAUAUCCCUUCUUCCUCGCGCAGCUCUCCACCUUCGGGUAUGUAGCUGUAUACUUUUCGAUCUUGUAUUUCAGAUACCGAGCUGGAAUUGUUACAAAAGAGAUGCUAUCAGUUCCAAAACUUCCAUUUUUAAUUGUUGGCGUCUUAGAGUCUCUUGCUCUAGCUGCUGGGAUGGCGGCUGCAUCAAAUCUUUCUGGACCAUCUACUACAGUUUUAUCUCAGACAUUUCUUAUCUGGCAAAUUCUUUUCUCCAUUAUAUUUCUCGGGAGGAGAUAUAGGAUAAAUCAAAUACUAGGAUGUACUCUUGUAGCAGUUGGUGUAAUCGUCAGUGUGGCAAGUGGAUCGGGUGCCGCUCAUUCAUUUAAAGAUACAGGAAUACUUUGGAGUCUUCUUAUGGUGUUGUCUUUUCUGCUUCAAGGAGCAGAUACAGUAAUGAAGGAAGUCAUCUUUCUAGAUAGCAAAAAACGGUUGAAGGGUGCUUCACUUGAUCUGUUUGUUGUAAACUCAUAUGGUUCAGUUUUCCAAGUCAUAUGCAUUGCGUUGCUUCUUCCUUUUCUUUCAAAACUUUGGGGCAUACCGUUUAACCAACUACCGAGUUAUAUCAGAGACGGGGGUGCUUGUUUUCUGAAUAUUGGUUCUAGAAUAACAGGAUGCGAAGGGGCUCCCCUUCUUCCUGUAAUGUUUGUCAUGAUGAACAUGGCUUACAACAUCUCCCUUCUACGCCUUAUCAAGAUCUCAUCUGCAGUUGUGUCGUCUCUGGCAUCCACUGUUUCAGUGCCCAUAGCGGUGUACUGUUUCACGCUUCCCCUACCGUACCUUGGGGUCGCAUCUACACUUCCAAGGGGGUUUGUUGCAGGCACAGUUAUCCUAGUACUCGGCAUGCUUCUAUAUGCUUGGACACCAUCUACUAACACUUCCGAUUCGAUAAUCCCCUCGCCCCCAUCCACCUAGCGGCAGGAAAAUUGGUUUUAUAACAUUAUUUGGUUUCCUUCUCUCUUCUCAUCGUAGCAUAUGCCCUCUUUUGUCAAAUAAGAAAUUCUAUGCAUUCUUUACAAAAACUAUAUAGAGGAUAAGGUACUUUGUAACGAUGUAUAUCAACAUUUAUUUUUUGUGUCAA